ACGUGAUUGCACAGAAAGGUGAAGGCUACAAAUGAUCCGUCGAUUUGCAGAUAUGCAAGCGAUUUGCACAUGUUUCUUCGUGGUUGUGUCAGUUGCAUCGGCCGACUACACUAAAACUAUAAAUGGCAACUUCCCUUCAGCCAAUGAUAAUAUAGUUGCAGUCGACCCACAUUGUUCUCAUGACGCCCUGCAUCCGGCUAAUGUCACUGUAACAGCCGAUAUGGACGUUACUGUGUUAAUACACUGCGAAAGUGGACGUACGUUUGAAGUGGAACAGGAUGAAGAUCAAGUUAAUUACGUAGCUCAUGUUUACUACUCCGGGAACACAUCUGCUGACAACUGUGUAUUUCAUAGCAAUAACAAUUCACAAUUCUAUCAGGUGGCUUUAGAAAUUUAUUUCGUACAAAAUGGUGUGUUCCAGUAUAAAGAUGCUUACAUCGUCACGUGUUCAUAUGGAGAGUAUGGAACCAAUCAAACUCGAGCAAAUGAAGUUGAUGUUCCCAUUGUUGCUCCAUAUGAGACGUAUAAACAUAUUCAUCGUGUCCUCAACCAUACACAUGGCAAUGAAUCAUCGACAUUUAAUGUAGAUAUUCUAGAUAAUAGAGAACAAAUCAUUACUGGUAAAAUACCACUCGGAAAGAAAAUCAAAAUCCGUGUUACAAUGACAGCUGGUUCAGCUGCCGAGGUAGGAUUUCAUGUGUUCAUGUGUGAAGCCAAGGGUUCUGAAGGAACGAAACCAUUUGCCUUUAUUAGAGAAGGGUGUGGAGAGGGGUUCAUUAUUGAGAAAAAUGAAGGAUUUACCUCUAAUGGUCUUACAGCGGAAAGUCCCUAUUUUAAAGCAUUUGAAUUAUAUGGGAGCCCAACAGUGACACACGAGUGCCAUUUUUAUGUGUGCCAUGAAAAUUGUGAUGGGAGUUCCUGUAUUUAUAGUCAUUUUCCGACCGGUAGUGGUCGUCGCCGUCGUCGAGAUACUUCUUUUGUAUCUCAUGACAAGGGGAUGCAACAUUCGGAAACAGGAAAACCACGUGUUAGAUAUUCUGUUACACGGAUAAAAGCAGGUAUGACUUCUAUAAAUGAAGACACUGAUUUCGCCAACCAUUUCAACAAUUUAAACGACAAUACCAACCAGCAAAAGGCAAAGGUCAGCGAAUAUGAUAAAAUGCAUGACACUUUAGAGAAAGGUAUGAAAAACGCUGAAAAAGAAUUGGAACAGAAAGAUCGAUCAGAUAAAAAUCGGAAUUUCAAAGCUGAUGUACCAUUUGGAUUAAAUGGUGAUUCUUCCAGAGGAAGAAAAUCCCUAAAGCUUCGUAGUAGGACAACAGAAGAAUCAGGACAAUCCACUAAUGAUGGACUUAAACAAAGAAAACUGAUGUCUUCAGAAAAUACACAACACUCCUUAAGAAUAAAGCUUUUGUCCUCCGAACCGGUGCAGUUUGACCGACCCGAAAUGGAGCUGCAUGUUAAGAUUCUAACAAUUAUACUUAUGUCCGCAGCUUCCAUUGCUUUAUUGACCAUGUUUAUAACUGUCACGUGCAUCUUGUAUAAAAAUUCAAGCAGACAUACCACACUUCUCAUACAGGAAUGAGUCUAAAAAAUCCUACGAGACAGAUAUCAGACAUGAGACAAAAG